CUUCCCCUGUUUAAAAAUUCGCCUUAACAUUUGUAAGGUUGAGAAUCAGAGACCACUUCAGAUGGCAACAACAGAGCAAAUUGGGAACUCUCAUGACAGUGAGGGUGAUAAUAUGACGGAAACUGGGUCCAGUCAGGAAGCUCUCGAUGCUGAGAUAAAGAGAGAGAGAAUGGCCAGGCUACAAAAAGCAAUGAACGAGAGUGGGAUUCUGGACUGUGGAAUGGUGCAAGUAAUAGACAAACUACGGCAGACAGACUCCAGAAUAAAGCACAUCUGCGAACACUGUGCCAAGACCUUCAAGCAGAAAAGGGACUACGAGACACAUUUACGGGUGCAUACUGGAGAACGUCCAUUCAAAUGCGAGGACUGUGGCAUGGCCUUUAAGGUGAAGUCAGGCCUCAAAGAGCACAUGUUGAUACAUAAAGGCAUCAAGCCACAUGGCUGUCCGCACUGCGACCAGUUUUUCCGCAGCCAGCGCACCUUACAGAACCACAUACGCACACAUACAGGGGAGAAACCAUUUGAGUGUGAAGUGUGCAGCAAGCGGUUUACACAGUCCGGUGGGCUAAAAACACACAUGAAAACUCACACAGGAGAGAAACCAUUUGUCUGCCAAUAUGAAGGUUGUGGAUUACGAUUUGCCCUAAAAAAGACGUUAAAGUACCAUGAAAACACCCACACAGGUGUCAAGAGAUACCAGUGCCACUACUGCUCUAAGAUAUUCAGUAGAAAGGACCAGUGUGUGUCACACAUACGUCGCAUCCACCUCGAGGACAAGGAAAAGUUUGAGUGCGCCGUCUGCUCUAAAACAUUCACUGAGAAAAGUAGCCUUCUGAGGCAUGCUGAGAAACAAAACUGUAAGUUAAAGCUGUAUAGGGGGAAUAGUGGGGACCAUGAGGAAGGGGCUACUGCUGCUGCUAGUGGUAGUGAUGAUAAUGAUGAUGGUGAUGAUGACACUGAAGAGGAGGUUGAGGGGGAACGUGAAAUGGAAGCAGCGGGAGGGAGUGAAAUUGUGGUUGCUAAGAAGCGGAAAGUGGAAUACAUCGUUGAAAAACUGGGUCAGACAGUUGAGAGGUUUCGUGAUCCAAAUAGUGAAGGUAUUGUGAAUGAGUCUGAAGAUGCUUCUGAAUUUGGUGAAAACGAGGAUUUCCCAGAAGUUCUUAUCUUGAAGAAUCCAGAUGCUGCUGGCCCGAGGGUCAUUUACUGCGGAAAAACAUACAACGCAGAAGAGACGGCCAGAAAGCUGAGUGCUAUCAUAGGGAAGGAUGCCGUGAUAUUGAAUAUGAAUCGCCCGGCACGAAAUUUUGAAGUAGUUUAUCAUACAGACGAGAUGCAUCCGAUUGGAAACAAAGGCAACGGUUUAGAAUAUGGUGAACAUUUGAAAGAGCAUGAAUCUGGUAUAAAGAAGCAAAUUGUUUUUGCCAGAGAAUAUUCUAAAAGAAGAAAUAUGUGUGAAGAUGAAGUAUGUAAAUCCUUUAGUAAGGAAGUAAAUGGAGAUAAUGAGUUACAUGUAGAUGAAAAAUCAGAAAAAGUUGUGAUUCUUGGUGAAAAUGAUGGGCGAGAAUUUGUUAAGAAAGUUGUGGAAAACAAUGAAUAAUAUAAAAGGUUUUUAAGUACAUGUAUUAUGUACACUGAAUGUAAUUCUUACAAUAAUUGUAAAUAGCCGGAUGCAAUAGCCUGAUGAAUAGGUUGGUCGAGAUUUCUUCUUUCUUGGAAAUAAUAUUAGGUUGUCUUCAAUAUUCAGAAAUCAAUAGUUACAUUAACAUCAAUACUGGAAAUGUUUAGAUUUGUAUGCUUUGCUUUAAUAUUUCACCUCGUUACACUUACAGUAUACUAAUUUUCAUUAAUAUCCUAAAAAUGUUAUCUCAUCUUCGAGAAUGUGAAGCUGACCUAGUUGCAGGUUUUUAAUGAACAUGUAUAAUAAUAAUAAUGACUCAUACCCUGUUUAAACUUAAUUGUUUAAACCUUUCCCACUUAAAAACGUAUGUCAAGGCAUUUGUAGUCCCUUAGAAAGUUCUAUUAAAUAUAAGACCUUUCUUACUUAAUUCCAGUUUUAAAGGCUUCAUUUCCAACCCUUAGAUACUGAUUAGAAUCAAACAGCAUGAAUAGACUGCGAGUUACACGCAGGCUGUUCUGGUUUUAUGCUGUUUGCAAAUAGCUAUUUUCGCUUUGUCUUUGAGUUGGAAAGAGUUAAAAGUGUCAGACUCAGAGAGGGAUACCAACAUGAUUCAUCAUGGAUGUCUGUGGACACAAACUUUUCUGAUGUAUUUCUCCCUAACAUUUCAACAUACAUCUUUCAAACUUGUAAGUAUUAUUUUCUUUACUUCACCAACGUUCUUUUGUACCUGUGCAAUUUUGUUGCCCUAGUCGAGUGGCACUUAACUUGUCUGUAUGUACGUCUCAAGCAUGUGUUUGGUAAUCCUAUUUUACUACUGGGUGGAUCUUGCUAAAAAUUUCACAGUUGGUCUUAAUUUGUAGAUGAUCUUGAAAAAAGGACUUUGGCUGUGAAGAUUUUUGGCAGAAUUAUGGCCAUUUGUCAGUUUUUCUUUUAUGGAUAUUUUAGUCCCUGAAGAUAAUGUUUUUAACUCCUUAAACAGGGUGCAGAAACAACAGGGUUUUCAGAGGGUUACACACGGGCUAGAAAGAAUGGAAACACAAGGUUAAAAACAUUAUUUUUGCAAAUAUCUCAAAUUAUUGAAAUACAUUUGCAAAAAAAGUUAGUGCAUAAAAGACAGUUUUUGUCUAUAUCUUCAGGUAUAAGAAUUAAUCCUUGAAUACGUCUGUAAUCGGUAACAAAUUUUCACCUUUGGGUGACGCAUAGUCAAGCAGUAUACCUGGAACUUUUGAACAAGAACACAGGCUUAUAAAAUAAAGUAAUUCUGAUGUAUUUCACAUUGCCAUACCCUAGUUGAAAUUCUUAAGAAAAAAUGUUUAAAGUUAUUUGGAAAAAAAGCAGCACUUACCCGUGUGUUACAUCAGAUAACGUUUAAUUGGGAAAACCCAACAAAGUCACGUAAUCCUGCACUCUGUAAACUACAGGGCCGAUUUUAACACUUAUAAGCGCUUGAUGUCUUAAUGUUUGUUAAGAUUUUUUUGGGGACAUGUUUUGACAGAAAUAGGGUCCGAUUUUCCAGUGUAGAAUACAUGUAUAUUGUUCAGGUUUUAUACUGUUGCUGCUCAUCAGUAUCUAAGGGUUGGAAAUGAAACCUUUAAAACUUGAAUCUAGUAAAAAGGUCUUCAAUUAAAUUUAACUUUAUAAAGGACUACAAAUACACAUGAACGUCAAUAUAUGUAUCCAAGUGGUAAAGGAACUGAUAAAAUGUACUAAUCAUGCCAUUUUAGUUUUUCCAAUUAUGAUUCUUAAACUAGUGACCUGAAAAUCAAUUGGGGUCAUCUGCGAGUCAUGAUCAAUGUACCUAUCAAGUUUCAUUAUCCUAUGCACAAGCGUUCUUGAGUUAUCAUCCGGAAACCAUUUCACUAUUUCGGGUCACCGUGACCUUGACCUUUGACCUAGUGACCUGAAAAUCAAUAGGGGUCAUCUGCCAGCCAUUAUCAAUCUACCUACGAAGUUUCAUGAUCCUAGGCAUAAGUGUUCUUGAGUUAUCAUCCGGAAACCAUUUUACUAUUUCGGGUCACUGUGACCUUGACCUUUGACCUAGUGACCAGAAAAUCAAUAGGGGUCAUCUGCGAGUCAUGAUCAAUCUACCUUUCAAGUUUCAUGAUUCUAGACCUAAGCGUUCUUGAGUAAUCAUCCGGAAACCAUUUUAAUAUUUUGGAUCACCUUGACCUUUGACCUAGUGACCUCAAAAUCAAUAGGGGUCAUCUGCGAGUCAUGAUCAAUGUACCUAUGAAGUUUCAUGAUCCUAGCCCCAAGCGUUCUUGAGUUAUCAUCUGGAGACCACCUGGUGGACGGACCGACAGACCGACAUGUGCAAAGCAAUAUACCCCCUCUUCUUCGAAGGGGGGCAUAAAAAUAAAAUGCAUCUUAAAUCUGUUGUACAAUGUUUGAUCAGACAGACUUCAUGUUUUGUACCUUCCAGUCACUUUAUUUUAAAAUUCUUGAUCAAUACUAUAAAAGGUUCUUUAAAAGCAGUAUUCUCUUCAAAAGCAUCCUUCGUCGAUUAGCAUUAGAGACAUGACCCUUGUUUGUUUGAUACCCGCAAUAUCAGUAAGGAAUGACAUCUCUAUGGUUUCUGGAACUGUAGGUAAAUUUUUUGUUUCUUUCAGUUGAAACAGCCCCUUGUUUCUUUCUGUAUCUGGUAUGUUUGCAAAGCAUAAAAUUAACCAACAUUAUUUACUGUAAUUGGUAAAGCACAUUAAUUUAGUAAAAUUUCUGCUUGUUUAAAUUAGAGAGACAAUUGCAGUGGCAUUUCCUUUUGAAUAUUAAGCUUGUAAAUGUAUUCUAAAUGAGUGUUAGUUGAUAAAAAAAAAGGUUACCCAAGUUUCUGCGCAACAUUUCUCAUCACAAUUGUUCCACAUUGUACUUGCGGAGUUGUUAUUCACGAAUUGCACCACACUUGUAGAUUGCUUGUUUGUUAAUUAAACAUUGCUACCGUGUAUUUAAAUUAUACCAUCCUAUUCAAAUUACCCAUGCAUUAAUCAAAUUAUAUUAUUUUUCGAGUGUAUUUAUUUUUAUGUCAAAAGAUAUUGUUUACACACAGUCGUAAAUGUAUGCACUUGUCAUGUAGAGAAGUAAAAUGUCUAGUGACUGUGCUAAGAAAACCAAUUUCAGGACCAAGACACUGCAAGUCUUAAUUCAAAUUAAUUAUUAACCGUUAUUACCGCAGAUCAAGACAGAGUGAACCAUUUUUAUCUGCUACGAUGUUGAAGUAUGUGUGUUGAACUGCUUUUCCUUAGGAAAACACUGUACAUGUACUUAAUGUUUCAGUGCUGUUUCAUUCAUUUUUUUUCCAAAUAAAUAAUGUUAUAUUGUGUUACAUUUCUGUUAUUAUUAUAUAAACUGA